AUUCACAACACCUUUGCUCGCAUUCAUUUUUUCUAAAAAAAAAAAAAAAAUCUCUUCAAAAGGGAACGUAGAACGACUGAAAAUGCGUGUGCAAGCUCAAGACGUCCAGCGUAUCCUUGACACCAUUCCCGUCCAGUAUCGAGGACCGGGAGGCGCGUUGGCAGUACUCAAGGAUGGCGAGGUGAUUGCGCAGAAGACGUGGGGCUACGCAAACAUGGACGAGCGCAUUCCGGUCACCCCCAAGACGCUGAUGCCCAUCUGCUCCAUUUCAAAGCAGAUGCUGUGCGCGCUGCUGUUCGACCUGGAGGAGAACCCUCCGCCGGAGGUGGCCACCAACGGGCCGUUCGCAGAGCAGAUGGAGGCUGCGUUGCGGAAGAUGGCCCCGGAGGCGAUUACCAAGGACAGCGGUCUGACCAUCAGACACUUGUGCGAUAUGCAGUCGGGUCUGCGAGACUACUGGGCCUUGGGCAUGAUCUGUGGUGCCAAGCCUGAUCAACGAUUCACUAUAGAAGGCGACGGAAUGAGGAUGCUCUCGCUUUGCAAGACGUUCCACUUCCUACCAGGCACCGAGUACUCCUAUUCCAACACCAACUUCUUCCUCGUGGCUCGUCUGAUCGAGACCAUCACCAAGCAGCCGGUUCCCAAACUGCUGGAGGAGCGCGUCUUUCGCCCGGCGAACAUGACCACCGCCCAGCUCAUCCCCGACACCGCCCAGCAGCCGGGAGACUGCCUCGGUUACGAGGGCAACGAGCAGUACGGUUUUCUGGCGGCUGUCAACCGGAUCGAAUGGUCGGGUGACGCUGGCAUAACAGCCUCGCUGGAGGACAUGAUCGCAUACGAAAAGUACUUCGACAAGCGCUGGUCCGAGAAGAGCAAGUACAGCAGCGUUGCCGCCGCUCGCACGUACAAAGACGGCACGUACGCGCCGUACAGCUACGGGCUCGCCUACCUCCAGAUCGCGGACGUCUCCACGGUGGGCCACGCCGGCGCGCUGCGCGGCUGGAGGAUGCAGCGGCGCUACGUGGAGAAGGAACGCCUGUCCGUCCUCGUCAUGCUUAACCACGAGAACAACAGCGCCGGUAAGGCCGCGACGUACAUCAUUCGAAAGGCGCUGGACCUGCCGGAGACGCCGGCUUCGGACGUCUCUCCGGUCCCGCAGUGGUUCGGCACGUUCCUCGACGAGGAGACGCAGCUGUGCGUCACGGUCGCCAAAGCCGCGGCGGGCCAGGUCUCGAUCACGUACGCGCGCGACGCCGAGCUCGUCCGCCUCGUGGCGCCCGACCGCGCCGAGUCCCAAGACAACGUCGCCUCCAUCGACGGCGACACGCUCCACGUCCACCGCGUGGGCGAGAACCGCAGGCUCAAGGCCCGCAGGAUCAGGCAGACGCCCGUCACGGACGGCUCUCACCUCCAAGGCAAGUACUAUUGCGAGGAGCUCGAAUCCACAUUCGUGUGCCACGGCGGGGACAACAUGCUGUACGGCGCCUUCGAUGGGCCCCUAGGCCGCGGCCCCGCGAACCUCAUGCGGCGCCUCGGCGAGAACGUGUGGGCGUGGGCGUGUCCGCGCGCCUUGGACCACACGCCGCCGGGAGACUGGACGGUUGUUUUCGGGGAGGACGGGAAUGGAGCCGUGGGCAGCUGCACGAUCGGCUGUUGGCUGGCUAGAAACCUGGUGUUCUCCAAAAUAGCGUAACGAUGGUAUGUCGAGCUUCAAUGAUCACCUCCCUGCGAAGUGGCCAGACGACACUGUAUUCUGUCUUUUCCUUCUCAAUUUUCUCCCUUUAUCGUUAUCGUACAGAGCAAGCGAAGGCGUCGUGAAAGGUAAAAAGUCGAAAAAGAAAGGUCUACGAAAGCUACAAGUUGCGACGGCCUCGUUGGCUACACGGCUCUCUGUCGGACCCUUGACAACAGCAAGACGAAAAAGCUCAGCAUCAUCGACAGGCCGGACCAAAUCUCGCCAUUCAUGUAUGUGCGACCGUGUUGGCCGACGAUAGCGCCUCCCACGGGAGGCCCCGUCAGAGCCGCGAACGACACUACUGUACAUACCAGACCAAUGUACACGCCCGCCACGUUGUGAUCCGUCACAAAGGAUGAUGCAACGGCGAGGAAGAGCGUCUGAAUAGCGCCGGCCACGACGCCGUAAAAAGCAGUCAAGACGUAAAUACCGGUGCUGGUUCUGACAGGAAUCCAGCAGAAAAGGGUCACAGCUGCGCCGAACAGGCUGCAUAAGAACACGUCUUGAGGGUGAACAUGCCUGUCGGCGAGGUAGGCGACCAGGAGGCGGAUGGGUAUGCCGACGACGUUGAGCUCCAGCACUAUCAUCGUGCUCUCCACGUACGAGAAGUUCAGCUCAUCUCGGGCGUACGCGGACAGCUGUUUCUAACGCACUUAGCUCUCGUGGGUCUUUGAGGCAUGUGGCAAGGGUCUUACAUAGUAGUAGCCGAAGUACAAGGCCCAGAAGCAGAAGAAGGACGAAACGGCGAACAGCGCGUAGCUCGUGUCCUUCAGGACGCCGAACGAGAAGGUUUGCUUCGAGUUCUGCCGCGUAACGCGCGGGCGCGAAAGUGCCAACGCGCCGAGCAGCGUCGCCGUCAUGAUGAAGCCUACCGUACGAAGCGUCCACGACAAGCCCACUCGCGGGAUCAGAUGAUGUACCAGCAGCGGAAAGAACGCACCUCCGGACGCGCCGCCGCAGGUCGUCAGCGCCAAUGCCGUCGAACGUCUGGUCAGGAAAUACGACGUGAGAACAGCCAGCGUCGGGGCAAACAUCAAGCCGGCCCCCAGGCCAACGCAGACCCCGUGCGAGAGGAACACCUGCCAGUACUCCUUGGCCAGGCUUGCGAUGAAGAUACCAGCCAGUUGGAGGAAGCAGCCGAUUAUGUAUACUGUGUGAAAGCGGCCUGCGUCGACCGCGCGUCCAGACACCGUUCCAAGACCAAACACGAGCCAAACUUGCACGGAGCCAAUCCAGGAGACGGCGGAGGGCCCUGCGUGGCUAAGGCUCAUGUCGUAGUACGACUGAAAGACACCAAAGGAGUUGAAGUAGCCCUGUGUGCUGAAGACGACGAGAAAAGCCAUUCCAACCUGCGUCCAUGCCGCCACGCCACCGUCCAGUCGUGCUGACCUCGUCGCAAAAUGCUCCUCGUGCCCUUGCGCAGAUGCUGCGUGUGUUUCGUCCUCGUCGUUCUGACCCCGUCCGCUGUGCCCCAAGCUGAGCUUACCAAGGUGCAUUUUCGACGGGACGCCUGCCGGUUCUCUCAUCUCGACAUCAUAUCCAUGACCGGAGCAUGACAAGAACACAUUUUGGCCAUCCGGAGUCAACUCGCCGACUGGCUCCCGAAGGUUGACCGAGACGUUAGCAUUCAUCGACACAAGCCAGGGCUGUCCGCGAGCAUUAUCGAAAAUACAAAGUCUGCGCAAAACGUCUUCCUCGAACCACAAUCUGCUGUGAGUGAUGGAAGCGAGACGCAAGCUGAUCGGCCUUGGUUUUUCUACUGUUCAGUUCGCCGGCCAUUUUUCUUCGGAAGCGCUUUGCCUUGCCGCUCUGUUACUUCUACGAUCGAGGACGACUCGCCCGGGCACGCGUCCGUGGCCCGAAUUGGACAGAUUCCGGAGUCGACCUAGAACGUAGAAGCAUUUCGCCUUUGGUCUCCCCCCUCCAAGCCAGCACUUUUUCUCCACUUGCGCUAGCUGUUUGGGGGAAGAAAAGGGAGACGCAGCGAUACGAACCAGGGUGACGAGGCGAAGUGUGGAAAGAGGGGCAGAACAACGCAUUUUCUAAAUCUCAGCUAGGUGCCAACUUUGCAAGAGAAAUGCAACCUUGUCCGCAGAUUGCGAGGAAACAUGCUACACCGUACAUUGCGUCUGGAUAGUCUGGCGAGGGGCUCUGCCGGACGAAUCCAAUCAUAGACCGACGAAGAUUCGAAAAGAUCUCUACGAGUACACGGGAACGGA